AUGAAAGUUUUCUUAGCAGUUUUGGCUCUGGCGACAAUAGUCAGCGCGCAGGUGAAAUAUCCUCAAUAUAAUCCAGAUUAUUAUGGACGUCGUUACGCAAUUCUUCGACAGAAUCACGAUCAAAAUAUUGACGGCUCUUACGCUUACAGUUACGACACGGAGAAUGGUAUAUCUGUAGCAGAGCAGGGAAGCCGAAAAAACUUGGGCGUAGGAGGAGAAGCCGAAGUUGUAAGAGGUCAAUACAGUUACACCGCGCCCGACGGUACACCGAUCUUAGUGACUUAUGUGGCCGAUGAGAAUGGAUUUCAAGCGGCUGGUGCCCACCUGCCAACACCACCACCCAUACCCGCCGCUAUCCAGCGAGCCUUGGCCUACAAUGCAGCCCAUCCCGAGGAAGAGGAGCCUUACAACCGAAGAUUCUUCGGGCAGAAAAAAGUCGGGAGGUUUCGCGGGAGUAUACAGUUUAAAGUAGUGGCAAAUAAAAGGAAGAGUGGCAAGAACACGAUGGAGUGGGGUAUGUUAGGUCUUAGAACAACUGAUCUUUACACGAGAAGGUGCCUGAUUCACACACACAAACAUAAACGACAAUCAUCAUCAUCGCUAUUAUCAUCACCACGGUUAGGCGUUCACACACACUCUAAGAGUGGUAAAAUUACAGAUCUAGUGAGCCGGUGCACGAGAAUGGGAAGGGAAAGAUCGGAACGUUUUCGUAUAAAUGCCGGCGGUGUUCCUCUUCGAGAUGCAGAUUCUAUCUUACCAAUUAGAAUCAUUAGCUUUGCCAUUCUUGGCUGCGCAUUCGCUCAAUUCAGCGGUAAUUAUCGGCCUUAUCAAAGACCUGGUGCUCCGAGACCGAUCCCCCAACCGCAAUUUCAGCCUCAGUUUCAACCUCAGCAGCCUCAAUAUCAACCACAAGGACAAUUUAAUCCAAGUGGGCCGAUAAUUCCAAUUCGUAGUCAAACUCAAGACUCAUCACCUGAUGGCUCAUACCAAUUCAGUUAUGAAACUGACAACGGAAUUUCAGUGUCUGAAAGUGGAAGUCCCAAAGGAGCACCAACACCAGAAGGACAAGCUGAAAUCGUCCAAGGACGGUACUCUUACGUAGCCCCUGACGGCACGCCAAUAACCGUUGAGUAUUACGCAGAUGAAACUGGAUUUCACGCAACAGGUAAUCAUAUUCCGACUCCACCCCCGAUUCCAGAAGCAAUUCAACGCGCAAUUGCCUCACUUCCACCCAGCAAUGAAGGCCAGUACCAAGAGGAGCAGUACAAUAACCGCCCGUUUAAUCAGAACAUAGGUGGACCAUUCCGUAGAUUCUAA